AUGCCCACCAAACGAGCCCUGCUCAUCGCCAGCACCUACGGCGGCCUAAAUGGAACCAUAAACGAUGCCCAGACAAUGGAAACCCUCCUCUCUAAACGCGGCUUCGAGAUCAUCCCCUGCUACAACGAGAAUGCCACCCGUGCCGGCAUCAUAAACGCCUGGACCAAUCUCAUCGAAAGCACCUCCCCCGACGACGCAGUCGUGAUCUUCUACUCCGGCCACGGGGCCCUCGUGCAUGACGAGACGCGCAAGGAGAAGAAUAAAUCUUGGCAAUUCCAGUUCCUGGUACCCGUCGACUAUGAAGAGUCGACGGAAGGGGAUUUCCGUGGAAUCCUAGAUGUCGAGAUAUCCUACAUGCUCCGGGAUACGACGGAGAAGACUCGGAAUGUGACGAUUAUUAUUGAUUGUUGUCAUUCGGGGCGGAUGUUUCGGGAUGGCCCGGGGGAGGAGGAGGCUGUGAAGCGGAAGAGUUUAGACAAAGUCCAGUUUCAUGAUUUGGAUGUUUAUUUGAAGUCGUUGAGGGAGAAGGGGUAUUUUCAUGGUGAGGUGUUUCAGUUGGGGAAUCCUUAUGCCGUGCGCAUUGCUGCUGCCGCUACUGCCGAGAGUGCAUGCGAGCAUAUUAAUUCGAGGGGGAAGUGGUCGGGGGCACUGACGGAUGCGUUGGCUAAGGCUAUGGAGGAGACCAGUGGUGUUGAUGUGUCGUGGAGGACUACGCUUGUGAGGGUGUCGCAGUUGGUUAAUACUAGGCAUCAGUGGCAGCAUCCUCAGGUGGAGGGGCCGGAUACUCGGGCUCAUUUCUCGCUGCAGCAUGUUAAAUCAGGCGCGCUGUAUGUCAAGGUGGAGAAUGGUAAGGCUAUGAUCGAGGCGGGCAGUGUGGUUGGUGUGCGCAAGGGGAAUGUUUAUACGGUCGUUCCCUUUAUUCCAGAGGAGGCGGAGGAGGGCGAGCCCGUUGUCGAGGCGACUGUUACAGCUGUCGCGGCGUUUAAGUCUAAGGCUGCCCUGACGCGCAUUCCGUCAUGGAGGAGUAUACAUCGUGAGGGUGCGUUGGCAUUUUUGAAAUGCGACAUAGUUGACAAGUUGCCUAUGACUCUGCCUUCUAAUCUGGAGGGUCUGAAAGCCGGUGUGGAAGAAUCCAGGUAUCUCAAGCCGUCCGAAUCGGAGGAUAAGCAGGAGCCUUUGGCCGAAUUUCUCCAUGAAGAGGGCUCUAUCGUGCUAGUCAACCACCAGGGCAUCCGGAUCAGAACACGCUCGAUCAACAGCACUGAAGAGGCUACCGCACAAGCAUUCAGUGAUAUUAUCGCAGAUGCAGAGCGGCUGGCCAGGGCAAAGCGCGUCCGUGAACUUCGAUGCGAAAGGAGACAGGAUCUUCUGGUGCAUAACCUGGAAGUCACCGUCGGUACGGUAGAAGAUGGUGAGCCAAAGGUCAAUUUUCAAAUGGAAGGACACGAUCGUAUUACCGAGGGGGAAUCUGUUUAUAUACGACUUGAAAAUACUGGGAACGCUACAGUCUACGUAUCGGUGUUGAACAUCAACAUUGUCGGUACAGUAACAUCAUUGACCAGCGCCUGGCCACAUGGCAUUGAGCUGCCUCCCGAGCUUGAUAUUACACUUGGAAGUAAUUCAUUCGACGAACUAGUCGGCUCGCAGAUUUCUUGGCCGAGCGGUGUUGCAACCGAUCUACCCGUCGAAGAGCGGUUUGUCAUUUUGGUCUCUAACCAUCCCGUCAGUCUGAAUUAUCUCGUGGAGUCGGUGAAUCUCGACGUCGAUAUAUUGCGUGAUGCCGCCCAGUUCGUAAAGACGGCCGCUCAUCUCUACGACAUCGUCCAUGUUCCAUUCAAGCUUCACCCGAAGGGGCAAGAUCCGAACGAUGUCGACAAUGGGGAUGACGAUUCCUCUAGCGACACCAUUUUUUACGAUGCCCUAGACAAACCAGCCGAUCAAUGUAUCCUAGCAGCACAUCUCCCAGAACCGGAAGAUGUCGUAGAAUGGGCAGAUGCGCUGAGCUAUCCUCUAGACUCCGUACCCAAGGGCAUCUUCGGGGCUAUCGUCCGAACGAGUAGGAAUAUCCCCCCGUGCAUCCGAGUCAUAAACCAGCAUAGCGAAGAGAUCACCGUGGUAGUCUCCAAAUACCGCCCGAAUCGUCUUCUCUCAGAGGUAGGGCUCAAUGCCUCCGCUACGGGGGCUGGCGUCACUUUUGGCACAACGACAUUUAACGGCCCCGCUACUAAGAAGACCCUUGCUUCUCAGACAUGCAAAGACGGGUGCUCAGUUGCAACAUUUCCUCUCUGGUCUCACCGCGACGGCUUCGGUGUGGUUAGUAUUUUCAAGGGCGCCGAGAAAGUGCUAUAUAUCGAGAAUGACCGGAUCCCCGCCGGAGCCACGGCGUACUUUGCAAAUAAACCCAACCUGCGGCUUGAAAAAUAUGGUUCUGGAGAGAAAUGGGCGUGA